AUGGAGUCGAGAACGGGGCGUUUAAAUCAAAGAUACAAUUCCAAAGGAGAACGGCUUGUUGCUGGGGUGGUUCCGCUUACCGAAGACAAGAAUUACGUGAUGCUGAUACGGUCAACGCGGAGAAAAGGUUGGGUAUUGCCCAAGGGUGGCUGGGAGACGGACGAGGAAUGCCAGGCUGCUGCACAGCGGGAAGCCUGGGAAGAGGCAGGAAUUCUGGUACAGAUUGAUUUCGAUCUCGGAGACAUUGUCGAGACUCGCCCACCAAAGGCACCUUCGAAAACCAAGACACGCGAGAAAGCCCUCUACCGCUUUUACGAGGCCACAGUAACCAGCGAAGAAAAUGACUGGCCGGAAAAGAGCAAGCGCCAAAGACAGUGGAUGACCUUUGAGGUUGCCUACGACGCACUCAAGGAACGCCCAGAACUCCAAGAAGCUUUGAAUCGGUCGACCAUGAAGCGGUGA